AUGGUCCUCCACAUUCGCCGCCCAAGUACCGCUGCAUCGCGGCCUAUCACCACCAGUGGUGCUACGGCCGCCUUCCCCUGCGCGCUACACACCGAUCUUACCGUUGGAGAGGAUGCAUAUUCCAGCGACGUCACGUUCCAGAACAGUCUGCUAUCUGCCAGCAUGGGCAGCUGGGACGGCGAUAAUAAUGACGGGAUCUCUGUCAUCGAUGUGACGGACCCGGAGAAUCCUGCGUAUUGCUUCGUGACGACCGACACACCUCUCUCUGCAGAGCAAUAUGUACGGCACUAUUAUCCAGUACCAACUGAAGAAUCUAGAGAUCCUGAGAGGAGCAGACUGACUGGAAAGACUGUCUUGGAGACUAUAGGCCUACUUGACGGCGAAAAGUUGGUUACGCUGGACAUGCUGGCUGAAGUAUGGCCUGAUGAGUAUCAAAGCGAGGCGGUAGAACGUCCUGCUGGCGACAUCGCCGCCUCCACGAGCGCCGCUACAGAGCCGGCAGAGGAGGCACCGAUCCCGUCGCUCGCCACGUUGGCCUUCGCUCAGGCUUUUGACCAUGCUCUCGGGAAGGGCGACACGAGCGAGAUUGAAAACCUACUUUGGCUGCCAGGGAAGCUGGCUGACACGAAGUCCAUACUGCGCACCAAGUCUCCGUUCCCAGACAAUGCUGUCCAGUUGCUGGUCAAGGUGCUCACCGAGAUGAAGGAGACGACUUCUGUUGAUCUCACCGACUUUGCUCUUUCCUCGGAGCAGGCAGUCCGCAUCGCCUCCCAGCUACCGGGGCACGAGUCACUCAACCUUUCGUUCAAUGCACAGAUUACGGCUGACACAGUGCGCGAGAUUCUCACCGCAGCCCCCGGGCUGAAACGUCUCGUCCUUAUGGGCUGCACGUCCGUCACUUCUAAAGAGCUGUAUGACCUCCUACGUAAGGAGCCGCAGCUGUUCUACAGAUUGGAAGCACUGAUGCACCCCUCGCUCCUGUGCACUGCGGAACCGCCUCCAUACCCCAUCGCAUUUACGCUCAUGACGAGCUACGAGAGCAUAAUGCCGUCUAUCCGUGGGUGCUCCCUCGCGCUCUUUACGCUCAUGGGUGUGGUGGGUGCACUAGCCGACGUGCUCCGUAGCUUCAGGAGUGCGCGACGCAUUGUUUUUGAUAUGAACAGCGGGACACCAUUCCAGGCCGCCGCCACCGCACGCCCCCGCGAACCAGGUAUGCCGUGGGGCACACGGAGCCUCGUCACAGUGCCUGCACUCUCUGUUGAUGUGCUCCGUGCGGUGGAGCCUGGUUGGGCAUUCCUCUUCCAGAUGAGUAUGUUCCAUGAGAAGAACAAUUGGUGCUUCCUGCGCCUCACGCCGACGGAACGCAACCAGGAAGAAGCAGUGCAAGAACAACCCUGGCCUCCCAGGGAGUGGGAGAUCCAUGACGUCCGCGGUUUCCUGCGCAUCGCGACGGCGGAGGGGCGGCCUGCGCCGUCCGAGGAGGCCGUGCAGGAGCUGGAGGAGCUUUUGCGCCACACGCCCAAGUUCGGGUCUCAGUUGUGCCUUAUGGACCAUCAGGACUUGAAUGUGUUCAUGCAGAGCAUCCACAUGUUUUGA